AUGCUUUACAAAAAUGUUCUUUUGUUCUUUAUUUUAGCUGUUGUCGACUCUUCAUCUCCAAAGAGUUUGUUCACCAGUGUUAAAUAUAAGGAUCAGCAGAAAAGAGAGAAACUUUAUGGGGAAGUAAGAAAAUACCGUACAGACAUUCAGCAUCUCUUAACUAUUACUCAAAUGUAUGCUACUCAAGUUUCUCAAGAUGGCCACAAGGUACUUACUCCAGGGAUGAUGGCAUCUGCAGGAAUGACGACACCCAGUAAGAAAACUUUGCACCAAAUGAAGAAGGAGUUGCCAUUAUCACAGCCAAAAAAUAUUUUAUCUCAUCACCCACACAAAAACAAUUCUCUAUCUAUGUCUGCGACAGCUUUGCCAUUCACAGACUCUAAGAGAGAAGUUAGCCAAUAUAAAACAUCACUGACUGUUGCACACAAGGCUAAAGCUGAGCUAGAAAAUGGUCCUCUGCAAAGUCACUCACUAACCUAUUUAGGUGAAUCUAGUCCAAGAAAAUCAUUUCAAGAUGCUUACCACAAAACGUUUGAUGGAGAUCUACUGGAAAAGCAUUCUCUACGGUUCACUGAAAUGAAACAGUCUUUCACUCCAAGACUUUUAAAGAAAAAAAACAAGUCUUUUUUGUCUACCUAUAGAUAUUAUAGUCCAAAGAAGAAAAAUUCAGCCAAAACAUCUGGAGAAAAUGGAAACAAAAACACAGGCAUGCCUAUGUACAACUCACAGAGUCAUUCUGAAGAAUAUCAAGACCUUGAAACAAAACCUGACAUGGAGGAUGUUAAACUGGAUCUGAAUAUAACAUCACCUCCUGUAUCUAAGCCACUGGAACCAGACACAGUUUCUCGGGAAGAAGACGAAUUUGAAUACCUACAGUUUCUCAGAGAAGUAACUGAUGAAAUUUUGCUUAAGGGGAAUUGUAACAGCAACACACUGGAAUCUGUUUUUCAAAGACACAUGGAAAUGAAAAAACAUGAUCUUGAAAAUGUGAAAAUGAGAAAACUCUUGCAGAACUUGGAGAAUGAACUUAACAGCAAGAAUAAUCAGCUUGAUUUUUCCAUAAGCUACACUGGCAAACAACAUAUGAGUACAGCCCCCUCUUCUUCCCAAACUACAGGAGAUCAGCAGUGUUCAAAAAGUCAUACUACAAAUGCUUCUGAAAAACAAAAUGCUGGCAACUGACACUGAAACUUGGCUCACAUUAUAACACUGUCCUUUGAACUGUCACUUCCUGAAAAUAGUCCACAAAGAGUUGGAUGAUAUUGUACAAUUUUAUUUUUAACAUAAAGCAUUAUUUAGUUAAAUUUACCUACAGUGGUGUUAAAUUAAAAAUGAAGAUUAGAAAUUGUCUUAAUAUACUACAUUGCAUGUUCUGUUAGUCAACAGAAUGUCUGGGAAAUGCUUGGUUUUAAAUUAGGAGGUCACAAAUCUUGGUAAAAGGAAAUUAUUGGCUCAUUUUCCCUCAUCUUGGUAUAGGUUAUUCAAAAAGCUCAACUUAGCAUUCUGCUUUUAUUACAGUUCGGGGGUCAUUUUAGAUACUAUAUAUUGCUAUAACUGGGACCACAGUGGUUAAAUGAAAACCAUACCUCAAAGUGAUAUAUUUCUUUUAAAGAGGAAUCAUAGUUUAUUUCCCUGUGUAAAUUCAAUUGUAAAGUUAAGCAAACUAAGUCAUAGCAGUGCCAUGAUAAGCCUACAAUGCAAUACUAUCAGAGAGAGAUUCAGAACUCAUUUCAAGCACCACUGGGUACUACAGACUGCCAAAAAAAAAAAGUUUAAAGUGCACAACAGUUGAUGAGCAGUUCAUAGAUUAUUUAAGCUCCAGUAGGGUGCUGUCUAGUCCGUCAAGAACUGCUUCACGAAAAACAGCUAUCUUAGCUUUACCUAGUCAAACAGACUUUUGAGGGUUACUGCAUUAUAACUUAGGAUAUAGCACUGAUUACAAAUUGACAAAUUACAGUCUCAGCCCAAGUAAACUAAUUCUUAGGUCUUAAUACCUCAGCCUGAGUGAAAAUACAAGAACAAGUAUUGAAGCAAUAGGUGAUGAUAAAUGUUGACAGUAAAUACAGAAAUUUUAAUAUUAACUUGACCAAACAUUGAACAGAAUAUAUUUUUUACAAUGAUGUAUAAUGUCUGAGGAUAUAAACAGAAAAAAGGAAUUGUACUAUGGGUUAUACAUAUUUACACAGGCGUCUCAGAGAUUAGAAUGCAAUAUAAUUUGAGAGGCACAAGACAGAAAAGCAGAGGCUAUACCAGCUGGGCUUAGGUGAUGCGCCCCAUACUAUAGCACUUAUGUAUGUUUUGUUUAAAUAGAAAUUACUUGAAUUGUGGUCUAAAUUUGGUGUAAGUAGGCAUUUCUGUGAUAUUUGGAGUGAGAAACUACCAGAAUGUAGGUGCUAGUACAGAGAAACUGUUAUCAAAGAAAUGGAGCCUUGUAGUGGAGCUCAGGAAAGUUGGAUGAGAGCCGGACUGUUUUCUGAGGUUAAGUGGAGGUAGAUGCAAUGAGUUUCAUGGUGAGAGGUGAAAGUGUUUCUUGAUGGAAAAGCUUAAAGAGAAGAGAGCCUAGGAGGAGAUUUGCCCUAUCUAUAGUAGGGAGCCAUUUUGCUUUGGAGUGUAUUACAGUAGAGUUUGCAUCAGGGCAUGGAGACCAUGUAAAAAUUAUCAAAAAAUGCAACAUGUUGAACUCAACUGAUCAGAAUCUUUGAUUUAGUGGUUUUCAAACUAUAUCUAUUACAUAUUUUUUUCAGUGACCUAUUGACACUAAAAUGAAUGUGCAAGGCAUCCAGGAAAACCUGAAACUACCACCAGUCAAAUCCAGAUAACUCAGGACUUUAUAAUUAUUUGUUCUUCCUUCCACCUGUCAUGGCUCAUUCCAGAUCUAUGAGGUGUCUGUGUGGCUCAUACAUGCCCCCCCACAUCCACCCAGUAUGUUAGCAUCUCCUCUACAAGCUUCAUUGAAUGACAGCAGGAGUUGUGUAAUGGUUUCCUUGUAUUUGAAUGAAGUGCAUUAAUGUAAGAUGAUUACAGUAAAGAAUUACUUAUGAGAUGCCCACGUCUUCAGUAUAUAGUUAUUUAGUGAUCAUGCAUUUCAGUUAGCAUCACACAAUACAUUAGAGGCUAGGUUUACAUGCCUUUAUGACCGACAUUUGGUAAGUAGUCAUGAUUGUAAACCUGAGCCAGUUAGUUGAAUUACACAGGUAUGAUCUAGAAGCAGGACAUAUGAGGGGACUGACAUAUGGUAAACAAACAAAUGGAUGUACUAUGCAAUUAUAAAGGACCAGAGAAAGAAAUACUGUUGUCUGUACAAAGGUAAGCAGCAGAAAAUCAACAAGGACCAAGACAGCUAAAACCAUAAAUUUAAUUGUAAAGCAUAAAAGAUAAGCGCUUUCGGACAAUUCCUUCAUCAGAUCAAAAAACAAAGUGUGUUUAAAUGUUUUAAGUAACACUUGACCAAUCACAGACUCGAGUCACUGACUACACUUCCUUCAAGAAAAGUAGCUCACUGAUAUGCAGCUCACAUAUAAAUGAGUCAAUUUUAUGUACCAAUUUUGCAGUCAAGUGUAAAUUUCUAAAUGUAGGAAAACUGGCAGAUGCUUUAUAAACAGGUCUCCAACCAGUACAGAAAGAAAAUGCCUGCCUAUAUCUCUCUCUGUUUUAGAUAAUGACAUUAAUUUCUACCCAGGCAUUUUCAAGUCUGGUGCCAUGGAAUCACUGUUCCCUCAGUUUGGGAUGUAUCUUAUUUCAAUUGUGGUUACAUUCUGAAGAAAGAAGUGGUCCAAAAUUAUAACUGGCUAUUAACACAAAUAACAUUUGCCACUCAAGAACAAACAUUUGAUAAUUCAUUACCCUUAUAGUGCCCUUCCACCAUAUCUGAUUUGUUUCUCUCAUAAAUUCUGAAUCUUCACUUCUUCCUUUAUCCGUUACUUCCACCCAUCCCUAUGAGGUCAUACUUCCCUAUUUCAUGUCUUACUGGAUGUUUUGUUUAAUCUGUUAUCUUCCUUCCUCUAUUGGUUUCCAUAUUGCCACCUUCCCCUUCCUCUAAUAAAACACCGGUCUCUGUUCUUAUAUACCCCUGUUUUCUCUCCUAGUCCUGUCUUUCUACAUCUUUUUGUUUCCCUACAUUUGCUUUAGGAAGUUGGAAACAGUAAGUUGAUUUCAGUGACUGUUGUUUUAUUGUAUACAGAUUGUGUAAGGUGUUCAUAUAGCUGCAUGAUGAUGUCUACUUUAGUUUUCCUUAAUCAGCAUAGCUCCCUAUUAUUUAUCAUAUUCGUAUGUUUGCACUGCUCAUUUUCAUUUCCUUAGUGUUGUGUACAAUUUGCCCUGAAGCUUAUAGAUGUUUGUAUGUAAUAUUUAAAUGCUUUGUUCUGAUUUCUCGCUCAACCACUUCUAAAAAAAUGUGUACAUCUAGAUGAAUUUUCCCAAUUAUCCAAAGCUGAUAAUUAAAUGAAGACAAAAAGAAACAGACACAAUGUGUUACAUUUGCUAAUCCAAUUUCAUUGUUGUCAAAUGAUCAUUUCAGCAAAUUUAUUUUUUAUUUUGUUUUGUUGACUUGGAUAAUCUUACUAAA